AUGGCUCCGCCCACGAUCCUCGCGCAUAAAUCGACCUUCAUAACAGCACAGACGCUGCACCUAUCGCAGAACCUCGCCCCCAGCGCCGCCUGGCGCAGCAUCAACGACCGCGCGCAGCAGGGGGGGCUGUCGGGCAGGGUCGUCGACGAGGCGCUGUACCGGCUGAACCACGCGCUGCAGCAGCACGCGCGGCGCGUCUACGCCCCGCAGGCCUCGCGCCACGUCGCUGAGCAGAUCGAGGGGCUUUUCCUGGCGGCUGGGGAGAGGGCUGCCCGCGGCGAGGAGGAUGACGAGGAGGAGGAUGGUGAUGGCGAUGGGGAGGGGGAUGGGGAGGGGGGUGGGAAUGGGGUUGGGGGCGUCGGACGGCGUGGCAGGUUGAGGCUUGGGGCUGAUUUUGCAACCGACGAAACCAUAUCCGCCCUCCCGCCCACCUGGGACAUCCGCAACGCCUCCGAAGCCGAAGCCCGCCCAGUCGAAGUACGCCGCUACGCCGACCUCGCCGCGAGUCUGACGUCGCUCUCGGCGCGGCGCAAGGAGGCGCGCAAGCGCGUCGAACGACUGCGGAGGAUGGACGCGCUGCUGGCGCCGUUUCGUGGCGACGGCGGCGACGGCGGUGGUGGCGGUGGCGGCGUGCAGGAGAACCUGGUGACGCGCAACGGCGAGGUAGAAAAAGAGCUCGAGCGCAUGCGUACGCUGCUCGUGCGUGUCGCGGGCCGCGUGGCGCAGCUGCCGGAUGCUGAUGCUGGUACUGAAGACCAGACUGACGACGUGGUUAUGGCGGACCUGGAUAUGGUGGAGCGGGAGAAGGUCGAGAGGCUGCUGGCUGGGUUCUGA